GGAGGGAGGCAUUCACACCUGACAACACCCGAAUCCUCUCACCCCUCCGACCCAAACCAGCCCCAGACACCACCAUGUCCGGCUCCUGCUGCGGCUCCACCUGCUCCUCCCUGGGCUGCGGGGGAGGCUGCUGCCAGCCCUGCUGCUGCCGCGACCCCUGCUGCUGCCGCCCCGUGAGCUGCCAGACCACCGUGUGCCGCCCCGUGACCUGCACCUGCCGCUGCACGCGCCCCAUCUGCGAGCCCUGCCGCCGCCCCGUCUGCUGUGACCCCUGCUCCCUGCAGGAGGGCUGCUGCCGCCCCAUCAGCUGCUGCCCCACGUCCUGCACGGCCGUGGUCUGCCGCCCCUGCUGCUGGGCCUCCACCUGCUGCCAGCCCAUCUCUGUGCAGGCGCCCUGCUGCCGCCCCCCCUGCUGCCAGCCUGCCCCCUGCCGCACCACCUGCAGGACCUCUUGCUGCUACUAAGUUGCAUCAUCACUAAGGGUCCCCAGUAGAUGGUGUGGGGUCCAUUCUGCUCUUAACUUCAAGACAGAACAACAUGCCUUUUCCUGAGAAGCCCAUUUCUCAUCUCUUCAGUCUGGCUCAGAGUAGGCCUUGGAGCCCCCUUUUCAGACUGACUACCGAGGAAGAGUACCUUGUCCUCUCAGGACCCCAGUCUAACUCCUCAAUUAUGUCUUCUGUUUUCUAAUAAACUUAGUAUUUCCAGCAUAGAAA